AUGUAUAUGCUUUGUGAUGAUCACGAAAGAUCAUUUGGGAGUACAGGAAUAUUGAUGUACCGCAAGUUGCCGCGCUUACUGAAAUUGCGAAGCGACGAUGGUUUGACUCAAGAUCUUUGGGUGAAUGCUCUUUAUAUUAACCAGAAGGAUUUAGAGGAGAGGUCGUGGCAAGUACAAAUGAUGGGGAGAGUCUAUGCUGCAGCAUCUCGAGUCAUAGUCUGGCUGGGAGAACCAUCGCUGAACUUUUAUCCUGCGAAAGUUGGACGAUUGCUAAAAGUAUUCGACGAAGAAAAGAAUAGUGUGAUUGAUAGUGUGAUUAAUGACUGCACUACGGAAUCUCCGGAUGUAGAAUACCUCUCUCAAGAGGAGCUGAAUAACACAGUCCCAAGAUAUAACGGAGUCCGGGUCUUCUUUGAAAACAAUUUUGGUGCGGUGUGGAGAUCGAGCAUUUUCUUGGUCUUUAGUUCUUUAGUUCUAAAAAUCGAUGAAAAUGUGCGACGCACCCUUUCAGAACCAGCGCCACAGUAUCGCAUAGCAAUGUCGCCGCUUUUCUCCGGUCUAUUCGCACUAACAAAGCCUACUCAAGUCUUAAACGACGAUAUAUGCAGUGAUAUAUCUACGCGUUUUGGAUAUACCCCACGAGCUCCCACCGAAAAUAUUCUCGAUCUUGUGGUAGCAGGAUUCAGUUUAGAAGCUACGGAUCCUUGGGAUAAACUAUUUGCACUGCUUGGUUUUAUAGAACCAAAGUACCAUCAUCUCGAUGUCCUUCGACCGAAUUACGAGAAAGAUGUGGCGAUCGUAUAUCGCGACUUCACACGCUGA